GGUGGGAUUUGAGACCACUGAUUCUGCCAAGUUUGGUGUCUGACGGUCAGAAGAAAAGUAAUAAAGAAGAGGACAAUCAGACGUGGUUUCAUCCGAGACUCUUCAUAAGCGACUACAGAUGCUGAUAAACUGAUGAAGAUGAGCUGGAUCUGCUGCGUGGCACAAAGGGAAGUCGCGGAGGAAACCACGAACACACACACACUUUAAACGAUCUUAAAUGACACGUCUUGCGCUUGAAGAAGUAUCGGGUACAGACUUGCUGUGAAUUAUGGAUCAGUCCGUGGCAAUUCAAGAGACUUUGGCCAAAGGGGAAAACUGCAAAAUAGCUGUGGAGUGUGUUUCACUGCUGAAUGAUGUGAGAGAGAGCAAACUGAUCGGACUCGUGCAGCAGAGCAACGAACAUGCGUUAUUCCUAUAUUCCCAUCGGAGAAUGGCCAUCACUGGCGAUGAUGUCACACUGGAUGAAAUCAUACCCAUUUCUUAUGACUUUUCAGUUGUUGAAGUUUCGUCUCCAGAUGAGCUUGCUGUUGUCGGUGCGGACACUCGAGUGCGAGUGACGUUCUUUGACGAGGAGUUGGUGCUGAAGUUACCUUUCGGAUCUCAGAGCCGGCUGUUCCUCGCAGAAGUCAAUCGUGCGUGGAGCGAUGUGUGUGAGCAACAUCCGAGGCAAGAGCCGAAGUUUGGCUGGCUUAGCAAGUACCGUAAGGUGUCGAGAGCAGCGCGGCCUCUGAGAAAGCCAGCCGGAGCCGCGGACAGCAGGAUGAGUCAGAGGCAGAGAUCUGCUUGA